AACCGAAUGGGUCUUGUACAAAAGCGCCUUUGGUUGGGUUAUUGUACGUGUUUUGUUUUGCCCACUGUUUGAAAUACGAUAUUUUAUCUCCAGUGUGCCAGUUGCGAAAUGUAGAAUGUAGAUCGAACAUAGUUUUCGAAACUAAGUUUUGAUACAAAAUGGGCCUCAGCACCAAAGUAAAGGAAGACAUUUUAAAUGUGACUAUAUGCUCUGUAGUUUUGGGUGUUUUGAUGAUUGGACCCAUUAUCUUCACAUAUCUUGAAUUUAUGAACUACUGGCCAUUGAGCCAUGUAAUAACUACAGCCGGACUUACGCAUAUAUUGGUCAACUUGUUCAUAAUGCCAGUUUCAUGGAUCGUUAUGUUUGUAUCAAUACCUUUACUGUUACCGGACAAACAAUUCAGUUUUCCUGUAAAGCGCUAUCGCAUCACGAUGAUUUGCUUAACGAGUCUAUGCUUACUUGGUACCCCAGCAAACCUCGUUGUAUUCACACAAGUCUCAUUACCAUCAACCGUAAAUAAGGCCAUUGGUUCAAUAACGUUAGCUUACAAUAACGACACGACCUCGAUUUCAGCGUGGAAUGAAAUCAAUUCACGGAAUACAUGCUGUGGGGUUAAUGGGCCUGAAGACUGGAUAGCAGCUGGUUUCGCUAAACCCCAAUGCGCUGGUUACACCAUGGGAUGUUUUAAAGCCAUAAUGACAAGCUAUUUCGUCAUGUGGACAAUGAGUUUGCUUGCUCAGGUUUUCGGAUUGGUAAUUGGUGUGGCAAAGUAUUUAAAACACUCGUGGAUAUUUCAACAGAAAAGCAACAAAGUCCAAGGCAAAGAGUGACGUCACGAAGAGUCUUCAUGACGUCAUCAAACAGACUUCCUGACGUCACCCAAGAAGUUCAAAUAUUUUUUGCAAAUAAACCAAAAAAAUCUGAA